AUGGCAGCACAAAUGCCAAAUGACACGUAUACACCUUCACACAUUGCACACGCUUCAUUAAAUGCAGCGGGACAAUCUUGUCAUAUGCAAUUCCCAGGGUUAUACCACCCUCAACAAUCGGGUACUAUUGCCAACCCCCCACCAUAUGGUAAUUUGACUUUAUCAAAAGUUAUUUGUUUCAUGGAAAUUGCCAACGCUGUUGAUUGUGAACUUGAAAAGGCAAUGCCUGCAUAUGGGUUUGAGAUUGUUCAAACAUUAAAUGUCGAUAUAGAACCAUAUGAACGUAUGAAGAAAGCAAUGAAUGAGAUCAAAAUAGCUACAUGGAUGAGGUUGGCAGGUAUUGAGAAAGGUGAGGCAAAGAAGAUAGUUCAGAUAAAGAGGGCUGAAGGAGAGGCUGAGUCAAAGUAUUUGUCUGGAUUGGGUAUUGCACGACAGAGACAAACAAUUGUGGAUGGUUUAAGAGACAGUGUGUUGGGGUUUUCAGUUAAUGUUCCUGGGACAACAGCUAAAGAUGUGAUGGAUAUGGUUUUAGUGACUCAGUAUUUUGACACCAUGAGAGAAAUCGGUGUUGCAUCCAAAUCAUCUACAAUGUUCAUUCCUCAUGUUAUGGCAUUGUAGUAUCAAAAUCUU